AAAAAAUUGAAAUCGUAUCGUUCGAAACGUUUUGAAAACACUAGUGGAGGCGACAGGUCUCUGACACACAUGGACGAUGAGGUCGGAGCAGCCAGCCCAUCUGCGUGCCACAGACGUUGCUGGCUCUCUCGCCCGUUUGCUGGCGGUGCUCGGGCACUUCGUGACUUGGGAGCAGCAUGACAAGAGCUCCACCUUCCUCGACGGCGUGCACUCUCGUGUUUGAUCCCGCCGUCGGCAUCUUUGACUCCAUCACAGCGUUCAUGCCAGGACGUGCGUUCCGCGACUGGACUGACGGGUACUCUAUUCUUUGCGCCGGGCAUGCAGCGAUGCUGGCGGACAAACCAUGCAUUGAGUUGACAGCAAGCACAAUGAACCAAGCAGCUGAAGACGGCAGACUCGAUGUGGUGUCGUGGCUCGUGGAGCACAGCGUUCGGUACGACUUGGACUCGGCGCUGUACGCGGCAGUGUCCGAGGGGCAUUUGAAUGUGGUUCAGUUCUUCUUGCGACAACUUCCGCAACAUCACGCAUCCAAACCGGACCAUGACAAGGCGCUCAUGUAUGCUGCAAGUGGCGGGCACUUGGCCAUCGUACAAGAGCUUGUGCAAGCAACCGCCAGUGUCAAUACCACGAGCGCGAUCGCUUACGCCGCGGAUUUUGGCCAGGGCCACGUCGUUGAGUGGCUCGAGAAUCGAAGCGCCACGACCGACGACCACGCCGGGCGUUCGCGUCCCUCACCGUCGUCGUUGAGUGUGUUUGGCAACGAGUCCGUGUUUGUGCCUGCGCCCGUCGACACCAAAUCCAUGUCGACGCAUCGGCGGCUAGCACGGGCCGUGCGUCAAUUUCUUCUGCGUUCUGUGGCGUUCUGAACGUAGGUGCACACCUAUUUAAGCCAUGUCCACGACGGACGUGGGCAGUCGAUUCCGUGGAGCCAUCCAUUUUCUUGGCACCACCCACUUCCCAGAGAAAGCAAAGGUGUCCGUUCAGUGCCGUUGCGGCGGGUGUCCGUCGUGCAUUCGUGCAUAGCCAGAGUCCCAGAGUUCGCGGCACAGCCCACCCCCAGGCCCGUCUUCGAGUGUCUCUUUCGAGAUGAGCGCCUGAGCGUUGCUGGGAUGUCCUCUCGGCACCAUCAAGCUUGUUCGUGUGGCUUCCGCACGCGGUGAUAUUAAAUAUGCAAUAUAUAUUAUAUUUUUAUGUGCA